AUGGAUCCGUUUGGGGAACCGGCCGCCGACACCUUGGCCGCGGCUCGUCUUCACGUCCAAGCCCUGACCGACUGUGGAUUACCCCGCGAGGCUCUUUUGCGGGCUCUUCUGGAAAACUAUGGCGAUGGGUCAUCAACUGGGACUGGAGCCACCACCGUGGCGCCUGUGGGGAUGGAGAUGGGCGGCUACUCUCAACAAUCGCAACAGCAGCUCCACCAACAGCAACAACAGCAACAGCCACACCCACAAUUACAGCAGCAACAGGCGCUUCCUUCACCACAGUUGCCGUCGCAGGUGAACCAGCCAAUCAUUCCGGGGAAAAUGAUGCAGCACAACUUUGGUUACCAUCAUGGCACACGGCUGUCGAUAUCGACUACCUCGAGCUCGCAGUCAUCAGCUUCCGGGAGGGCCAGCAUACUAUCGACGGCAACCACCAUGAGCUCCGUCUCGUCUCAAGCAGCAGGAGGACAGGAUAUUGCGCCGCUUCCCACGCCGCCUGCGCCGCCCGUAAAGAGCAACAACCGGGGCACUUCCAAACCGCAAGGCGCAUACUGGUGCACCUUUUGUGACGUUGCUUUCCAGCGCAAGUUUGACUGGAAAAGACACGAGGACGAGUUCCACGAGAGAUAUAAGCGCUAUCCGUGUCCCAACUGCAAUCGGAUCUUCUGGGGAGCCAAUACGUUCAAUCAGCACCACAAGAACGCCCACGGCUGCACGACAUGCCCGCACGCGGAUCGGGUGGUGCGCUACACACAGCGCAAAACAGCAUGGGCCUGCGGAUUUUGCGGAGGUUUUCUUGCCAGCCGCGAUCGGUAUUUCGACCAUGUCGCCCGCCAUUAUGAGGAUGGAUGCAACAAGGGACACUGGAACCACUCACUCGUAAUCUACGGCCUACUUCACCAACCUUCGAUCAGCAAUGCAUGGAAGGAGCUCAAUGCUGCACUCUACGGUCAUUUACCACGCGAUCAGCAGCCAAUGCUGGAAUGGGAUGCCAAGGUGACUGGCAAUGCGCCCGGCUUCCUGGAGGGUGAAAGCCCCGGCAAACUCCAGGAUUUACUCGAAUUCUUUAACGAAAGUAACGACGACCCGAGAUUUCUUGCACGACUCGCCCACGACCAGGCGAAGAUUCGAUUCCGGCAUGAGGUACUGCAGCCUGGCGGCAUGUCUCCCACCGACAUGGCGUCACGGCCUAUUUCGGAGCCCCCGAAGCUGAAGUCCUCUGCUUCAGCUCAGACACUUUUGUCAAACAAGCACAUGUCCUCGCCGCAGCCCUCGGGGGGGUCUGAUGGGCCACCACCUGCAUACGACAGUAGUUCUGUACAGCAUGUCUUGAAGAAGCAGCGAAGCAUGGCUCCUUCACUGGAUGCAUCGUAUUCGAAGCCUCAUAUGUUUAGCACACCAACACCGCAACAACAGCCGCUGCCACAACCACCACAAUUACCUUCUCAAAAGCUGAUUAACAACCCGUUUCUUACUGCAGCGCCGGAACCUCAACCUCCCAACCUGCUGGGGAUUCAACUGGAAACUACGACGUCUGGAGGAUUUUACGACUUGACGCUUACACAUGUGCACCCGCACAUUCAGGGGCACAGUAUGAGUGAUAUUGCACAGCAACAACAACAACAACAACAGCAGCAACAACAACAGCAACAGCAACAGCAAUUAUUACAGCAGCGGCAGCAGCAACUAUCGCCGCAAGAACACCAGCCACAGUUCCUGCCGCAGAUUAACCCGAUCAAUUUAUACGACGACUGGAGUAGCAUGGUGGGGACGAUGGUAGACGACGGGUCGGGGACGACAUGGUGGCAGACGACACAACAUCCAGGUACACAUCAAGGACCACCGCAGUGA